AUGUUCUCUUUCUCUCUGCUGAGUGGUUUAAAGGAUCAAACCUCUACCCAAGGUCGUUUGACGAAGGCCAAGCGGUGGGGCACUCCUAAAACUCGAUCCACUCUAGGAGAUAUGCGGCUCAUUGUCCAUAUUUCUAUUUGUUACCACAAAUACCAUGGGUUGCAAGAAGCCGCCAAAGUCCUGACAGACUGA